AUGGAUUCUUCUAAAGAUUCUUCGUCCAUGAGGAAUUCUGUAAAGCUAGAUGGCGAAGGGGAAAAUAGUAAAGAUUAUAAAGAAACUCCUAAUCCGACAGGGCCAAGAGACUCUGCUGAAAACCUAUUUACAUCGACCUCCAAUCCAAGCUCGAGCUUUGUCCCCUUGAAUGGACCUCAGCCGAAUCAUGUAAAUUCAUCAUCCAACAAUGAAUCAACCUCUCAAACUAGUAAGUGUAGCGAAAAUAUUCCUGGAACUAGUAAAGCCCUAAGUACUUCUACUCAACCACAGUUUUGUAAUAACAAAGUAACAAAUUCUACACCUGAUCUACCGGACCCUGCGGUUCCUGGCAACAGCAGGUCCAUACCAGCACUGUAUGACAAUGGUACAGAGAGCAGCCAGGACAAACAAACUUGCCAGAGACAUAAGGUGUGCUUAGACAAGGCAGGCAGCAGUAGUCUCCCAUCAACAAGUGGCACUAGUAAACCUAGUGAGAAUGCAGAGUGCAGUCCUUUUAGAGAGAACAGGAAGAGACCCUCAAGUCUGAAGCUUAACAGGCCUAAUCUAGAUGAAGACAGCUCUAGUGAUACUGGCAAUGAUGAUUAUUCUUUGGGAUCAGAAGAUGGGUGCAUCUACACAUACAGGGGUGGAGAACAUUUGGCUGACUUGCCAAGUUCAUUCUUUAGCCUGGACAUGGGUUUGCCUUUAGAUAAACAUCUAGCUAUGCCUAAUUUUCCCGGGCCCCCGCAGGCUGCAGCUGCAGGUCGAGAACAUGGUUCAAGAGCUUCUAGCCCUGAUAUGGACUUUUUGGAAAUGGACUUUGAUCCUGGACCUUCAUGUGAAGUGGAUACUGGUGAUGAAUCAUCCCCUGAUGCUGAUUUGGAAUCUGCAAGCAACAUGCCAGAAGAGAAUGAGCCUGUCUUGGUGAGGGGAACAUCUCCGGAGUAUGUUCCUCCGGUCAGAUAUGCUCCUGUGAGUGUGCCACCUCCAAUAGCAUCGGGAUCUCAUGGGGAUGCAGACCUAUAUUCAUAUAGUGUGCCAUCAACGAGUCGAGGCGUAGGGGGUCAAGGGGAUGCUCCUGAGAGCAGUAGCAGCCAUAAUUAUGUGGAUCAGAAUUACAGCUAUGGACCAUACAUCACCCAUGUUAAUUCAAGGGGAGAGCAGCUUAUAGUCAGGAGAACAAUGGCACAUGGACCUAUUAACUUUGCAGGCAGUCUUCAUUUCACAAGCGGAGACUUGGUAUCACCCUCGGAGUUACUAUGUUAUGAUGAUGAACAUGUGGAAGCAUUUGCUCACCAAAUCAACCAGUCAACUCUUGAUACUGCUACUUUAUCAUCAGCUCUGUAUCAUGUUACAAUGGCUAAGAAGUUGAUCGCUGAGAAGGCUCGGUGUGAUGCUGAGAACCAGGCCACUGCUAAGGCUAGUGAAGCAGCAGCGAGCACGAGUACGAGUGCGGCAUGCGUGGAGCCGCCGCGGUGCAUGAUCUGGUCGGAGUGCGAGGCCUGCGAGAGACAGGUCACGCAGAUCAGCACCUCGGCCUGCGGUGCUACUGCUGUUGUCAAUGUUUUUAAUGCGUUGGGUGUUCCUGUGAAUUUAGAGAAGAUAAGUUCAUCAGUUGGCACUAGACAGCGAGCUAACACUGCUCCGUUACCGAGAUACCUGCUCUCCCGCGCGGUGGCGGGUUGUACUGCAGCAGACUUGGUCUCCGGCAUACACAGAGCUUCAGAUGGACUGGUCACUGCCAGAUUCUUCCCCACAUACCCUGAGAGAGCCAUCUCACUGUCUCACUGGUUGGCUGAUUGGAUUACUGUUGGCGCAGUACCAAUAUUAACACUGAACUUACAAGCUGGCUACGAGAAUGACAUCCCAGAUGCAUGGCACCAUCAGAUGGUCUUCGGAGUAUCCCCACGAGGAGUAUACCUAUGUAAUCCAGUAGAAUGCAUCCGUGAAGCCACCCUCUGGCAACAUCUGACGUCACCUUCAGUGUUACUGGUCAAAACUAGGGAUGUCCUGUCAAGAUUCACUGCGGAUACUGAUCUCUCACCGUUGAUGGUCGUUCCUGAUCGACGGUUCCAUACUUUUAAUGUGCUUGGUCAAGUAAUAAACGUGAUUCGCGAAUGGCGUGCUAUAGGCUGGGGAGAUUACGGUACCAGGACGCGUCACAUUCGCAUCCCGGCGUCGUACCAGGCCGGAGUGACGGUGGCCGCGCUCACGGGCUCGGAGGCCCACCGCCGCCUCACCGUGGCCCCGCAACUACCCGUACUCACGCAAACAGACCCCUGA